UCAUUUAAUGCAACCUAUUCCAUUCUUAAACUAAAGCCAAACCUACAAUAUACAACUUCCUCUGUCAUUUACCUCACCAUUUUCAAAUAACACCAAAACAGCCGAUAAAACAUUGUUGUCGUCCAUAUCAUGUAUUUGUCAUUUCACACUUAUUCAUCAAACUAAAGAGAGAAAACAAAAAACAAGACAUCAUCAUGGGACAUCACUCUUGCUGCAACAAACAGAAAGUGAAAAGAGGUUUAUGGUCUCCUGAAGAAGAUGAAAAACUCAUCAAAUAUAUCACUACUUAUGGACAUGGUUGUUGGAGCUCAGUUCCAAAACUUGCUGGUUUGCAAAGAUGUGGAAAGAGUUGCAGAUUAAGAUGGAUAAAUUAUCUAAGACCUGAUUUGAAACGUGGAAGUUUCUCUCAUCAAGAAGCUUCACUCAUUAUAGAACUCCAUAGCAUUCUAGGAAAUAGGUGGGCUCAGAUUGCGAAGCAUUUACCGGGAAGAACAGAUAAUGAGGUGAAAAACUUUUGGAAUUCAAGCAUUAAGAAGAAGAUUCUUUCUCAUGAUAUUAUUCCAUCUUUCCCCACAAUUUCUGAUAUUCACACCCCCUACAAUAUUGGUUCUAUGGAAAGUUUCUUCCCUAACCCUAAUUUGAUCCUAAACUUCAAUCAUCAUCCCCAUCAAGAUCACCUAUACUUUCCAACCUCAUCUCAAAAUCUACAAGAUAGUUUUCACCAAAUUGACACAAAGGUAGAUAUCAAUAACCAUUUGAAUGCCAAUUUCCUCCACAUUCAAAAUCCAAUACCACAAAUAGUACAACCAAUGUCUAAUCCUUUACCUUAUGAAGAUACAUGGCCAUUGAGUUGUGAAACUCUUCAUCUAAAUCAUGAUCUAUUAGAAAAUCAAGUUUCCAAAAGUGAUGCCACUCCACUUAACAAAUUAAUGCAACAAUAUGAUCACAACUUGGUUGAACUUGAAACCUUUUUUCCUAAAGUCAUUGAUCAUAGUUUUGAGGAUUAUGUUUGUAGCAUUCUAGAUUCAUCUGAUUCCAAGGAACAUGAAGUUCCAACAAAAUUUCAGUGCUACACGCCUAGUAUUGUUUAUCCACAAGAUCAAAAUGUGGAAGUCAUUCAUUUGGAUAACAUUGGUGCCCUCAUGUCAUCAUCAUUUCCAUCCUCAAGCAGCCAAAUAGUCCCAAACCCUAUAAUUCCUUUAGAAUGGAAGCCUUAAAGCAGAUAUAGAUAUGAUCAUCGUUUUAAAUUGCAGUUGCAGUCGUCAGAGUUACAUAUAAGCUGUAAAAUUUUAUAUUGCGACUCAAUACAGAAAAGUUCUAUCAAUGCAUUCAAAAUUGCGGCAUAUGAUCUCAUUGAUGAGACUUCAAAAUCAUCUAUGUCAAAUUCGGUUGCGGCUACAAUUUUUAACUAGGGGUAUGAGUUUGAUUUUAUCUAUUUAGAGUAUUGUAUAACUUUAAAAUGGGGGGAUUUAUUUAAUGAUUAAUAUGCACUUAAUCAUCUAAUGUUUUUUCUUCAAGAGUGUGUAGAUUUGAUUUUAUUUGUUAACCUAAACAUUGCUAGUUUAGGCAUGUCCAUUAAGUGAUGCUUGUUGAAAGUUCAAUAAAUGUGUGAUGUACGUUUAGGUUCAUUUACAUGCAUGCAUGUAUUUGUCACCUCGAAAUAUA